GAAGCUGGGCCCGGCGCCGUAGUCGGGCCCCUCCUGGGCAGGCUGGGCUCGGCCUGCCCGGGGCGAAGCGGGGCCCAAGCCCUGGAGGGGAAUAGGGGGAUGCACCCCCCCAGCCCGGGGAGGGAUCUCAGACUUCACUUCAGUGGCCUCCCCGAAGAGCAGGUUAUCUGCGAGGCAGCCAAAAACACAGCACAGAGCGCUCUAACUCUGUGAUUUAAGCUUCUUCAGGAACAGCUACGCCCAAAAUGUCACAUCACCUGAAAUUUAUUGCCAGAACGGUGAUGGUCCAGAAUGGGAAUGUGGAUGCUGCUUACAGGAUACUAAACAGAAUUCUAACCGUGGAUGGGAUCAUUGAGGAUGCCAAACGACGCCGGUACUAUGAGAAACCAUGCCGCAAGAGGCAGCGGGAGACCUAUGAGAUGUGCCGGCGGAUUUAUAAUUCAGAGAUGGCCAGGAAGAUUGCAUUUCUAAUGAGGAAGAAUCGACAGGACCCCUGGCUAGGCUGUUAAAUCCAAAGAAUUACAAUAGCUGGGGAAACAGCCCAGUGACUUUGGUUUAAAAAAACAAAACAAAA